AUGCCUGACCUCGAUGACUUCCCCAACGAGUUACUCGUGGAGUUCUUCUCGUACUUCGAUCUCAAAACCUUGACAAGAUGCAUGAGAGUCAGCAAACUAUUCAAGGCCAUCACCGACCACCCUACCUUUGACAAGAUCUUCUUCCGUACUAAGAUUACCGAGCCUAAAGAUCCCAUCAACCCUGACAAGAUCCAGAUCAACCCUAUCUUCAGCAUGAUCCAGUACACCAGUCGUCAAAGGAUCAAGAGUGCCCACUUCCUCAUCCUCGACGAGAAGCCUAAUGGCAAACCCAAGCAUCGCAAGCUAGCUUUGAUCGACUCAUCUGCCGCCAAACAGAAUGCUACGGAGCCCGCCGUCACCUGCCUCCAAGUCAGUCCUUACAGUGGCGCUAGCGUAGGCAUCAAAUUGGGACGUGCUGUGACUGUCCGGGAUGUGAUGGAAGGUCUCUGCAACUACUACAACAUGGUCCUCGUCGCCAAUGCACGCCACUUCCUCGAGGACUUCUACAAGAUCAAGGGAUGGACCGAGGACGAGCUGGUUCUCAAGGCACGCUGGAGCUUGUAG